AUGAGAUUGUAUCUCAAUGAGAAACCACGAGCCUUUGUCAUUACAGCUACUACGCAUGCAUUGAUAAUCAGACACCCGAGUCCAACCUACAAACAUAGGAGCCUACGAGGAUUUAUUCAGGGUCACAAGAACAAGGACAACACCAAGGACAAUAGCCGAGUUUUCGUUGAAUUUGUGUCCAAGGAUUAUGUCGAUGUCAGCAUGUAUCGAGAUGUGACGCCGAAAGGAGCCAAAUUGAUUGCAUUUCUCGGUAUCUUGAGCUUAAAGUCCAAGAUUUUCCUCGGCUUUGUCACCAAAGAUGAGCACGUUGCUUCUCCUACGAUGAAUGAGAAGAUUUACAAAAUAACAGGCACCGAGUUUUACUGUUUGAAUAACGAUGAGUAUGACCACUUGUUUGAUUUGGAUUACAAUAGCUAUAUGGAUAGCGAGAGAAUCAAGUACCCAGCGUCCUCGGUGCAGAACCUACUAUCAAGUGGCGCGUUUUACUACUCAAUGGAUUUCGAUAUAACCUCCCACAUUCAAGAACGAGGGUUUGGCAGGACGGAGUUUCAGCUAAUUGCAGACACGAGCUAUUUCAACCGCUUUCUGUGGAACAAGUUUAUGAUUGGCGAGUUGCUCGAGUUUCGAAAUAGGCUAACACCGCAGGAACAGCGGCAAGUGGACUCUUCGGGUUUUGUUACCGUCAUUAUGCGCGGCUAUGCCAAGUCUGUCAAUACGGAAAUUGCAGGACAAGAAGCAUUGAUGACAUUGAUCUCGAAGCAAAGCUGCGCGAAAGAAGGCCCCUUGUUCGGCGACUGGGGCUGCGACGGUAAUGGCUUUGUUUCAAACUAUUUGGAAUCGGAGGUGAUUAUUUACACGGAAAAGUUUUGCUUAUGCUAUGUCAUUGUGAGGGGGAACGUGCCCAUGUACUGGGAGUUGGAGAAUAAUUUUGCAGCAAAGACAUUUCUCAAUGCCAAUGGCAAGCAGAUUGAGUUUCAAAGAUCAUUUGAGGCGUCGCAGGAGGCACUUGUCCGGCAUUUUGACCGACUUGGUAAUCAGUUUGGAGACGUGCACAUAUUCAACGAGCUUUCCGACAAGUCGUACAAGGGAGUGUUGAAUGCCUCGUUCGAAGAGCAAAUAAAGUAUUACUUGAAACAUCGAGAAGAUUCAAAACCGGCCGAAUUCAAAGUCUUUUAUACCCAUCUCCCCAUACCCGCAUCAAGAACGCGGAAACUCGGGUAUACUUCACAAAAUCCGUACGACAUUGUUGCCACUUUUAUCGACUCUGCUGUUCGCUUUGGAGCUUUAUUUUACGACAACUCGUCGAUGAGUUUUGUUGGUAAACAAUUGGGGGUUUUCCGGGUGAACUCGUUUGACAGUUUGAGCAAGGCCAAUUUUUUGUCCAAAGUGAUUUGUCAAGAGGUUAUUAAAUUGGCGUUCCAGGAUAUUGGCAUCGAAUUGGAUCGCGAGUUUUUCUCAAAACAUGCUAAAUUAUGGCAAGAGAAUGAUAGCCAAAUUUCCAAGUUGGUGCUAAACUAUGUGUCGAGCACCGACAAAUUGCAGACGAGUAGUGUCUCGCAUGCCUCAUCGGUUAAAACGCACAUUACCAAGAAGUACUUGGCCGGGAUGGUUGAAAAUACAAAGCCCAAUGAGUUGGCAUUGUUAAAGUUGUUGGGAAGGUUGCAAGAUCAGCACGUGAUAACGGUGCAUAAUCCGCUUCAUGAUUACGUGGCCAACGAACUUAACCAAAGGAGCAAGGAGUUUACAUCUCAGCUGGACAUAUCGCUUUUUGCAUCGACGUUUAAUGUCAAUGGCACUGUAUACGACGGAGACAUUGAAGAAUGGAUCUUCCCCAACGACAAGAUGCACGAUUUGGUCUUUAUAGGACUACAGGAAAUCAUCGAGUUGAAGCCGGGGCAAAUGGUAAACACCGAUUUCAGACACAAGACUCAAUGGGAAAGAAAGAUUUUGGAUUGCUUGCUGACGCGUGGCAAAUACAUGACCAUGUGGAGUGCUCAAUUGGGAAGCAUAGCGUUGUUUUUUUACGUUCGAGAGUCGCAGCUUAAAUUUGUAUCGAACGUUGAGUUUUCGUUCAAGAAAACGGGGCUUGGUGGAGUAGCAGCAAACAAAGGUGGAGUUGCCGUGAGCUUCAAGUUCUCAGAUACAAGCAUCUGCUUUGUCUGCUCUCAUCUUGCCGCGGGGUUAAGCAACGACGACGAACGCCACAGCAAUUACAAGACGCUUGUCAAGGGACUCCAGUUUUCCAAAAACAAGCGCAUCCCCGACCAUGACGUUGUCGUUUGGGUGGGGGAUUUCAACUACAGAAUCAACUUAUCUAACGAGCAUGUCAAACCGUUGAUCUUGCAAAAGAAAUAUGCCAAAUUGUUUGAGUUUGACCAGUUGAAUCAACAAAUGGCUAGCGGCGAAUCGUUCCCCUUUUACGGCGAACAAGAAAUACAUUUCCCACCAACAUAUAAAUUCGACAAUGGAACCAAAGUUUACGAUUCAAGUGAAAAACAGAGAAUCCCCGCAUGGACGGACCGUAUUCUUUACUUAUCUCGACAAAAUCUAAUCAAACCAAUCGAGUACGACUGCGUGCCCAACAUUACAUUUUCAGAUCACCGAGCCGUGUAUGCGAUUUUCCAAAUCACCGUUAAGAUUAUCAACCAAACCAUCAAAAAGAAGAUCUCAAACCACUUGUAUGAAACAUACAAGCUCAAACACGGGGGAUUGCAAGCCAUUGCCUCCAGUGCGUUUGACGUUGACAAGAAAAUCUUUGAUUAUGAUAAUAGAAACUUACCAGCUCCAAGUUCAGACAAGAGCAAAUGGUGGCUUGACGGAGGCCGGCCGGCAAAAGUCACCAUCCCAGGUCUAGCCGAUCAUGAAUGCGAACUAGUAUGCAACCCUUGGCACCCGAUAAACCCAUUUGUAUCCACCAACGAGCCCGAGUUUGUACCGCUCAAGGAACUAGAAAGCAUGCUAGAUUGA